AUGGCAAACCGGGGGCUUCUUGGCAUCGUGUCCAUCAUCCUGCGCAUCGCCGAGCUGGCGUUCGCCACCAUCGUCGCCGGCCUCAACGGCGACUACCUCCGCGCCGCCAGGCACACCUCCAGCUGGCAGCAAGGCCGCUUCAUCUACACCGAGGUCAUCGCCGGCAUCUCCAUCGUCCUGUCCAUCAUCUUCCUGAUCCCCCUCUCCCGGUUCAUCCACUGGCCCCUCGACCUGUUCAUCUCGCUUGCCUGGUUCGUCGCCUUCGGUCUCUUGGCCAACUAUCUGGACGACGGCCCCUGCGGCUGGCUCUUCAACUCCUCCAUCGUCAGCUUCUACCGCGGCGACCAGUGCAGCAAAUGGAAAGCCGUCAUAGCGUUCGCCUUCCUCUCGGCCAUCUGCUGGCUCAUCUCGGCUAUCGUUGGUAUCAUCUGGGUUCGCGACCACGAGACUCGCAGCUACCGCCGCCGUAAUUGGCGCGGUUCCCGCGUCUAA